GCUGUGUGUAUCGUCAUGAUCCUCUCAAAUUGCCGUUUAACUGUAUUCCACCUUAUCUCAAACGACCGUAUUGUGGAUGACCAGCGUGCUAGGUCCCAUUCGUCAUAGAAAACAAUAUUUUUGUCUUGCCUAGAUGGUGCAAGAAGACGUACAAUUCACAACGUUCCAGUCAUUUGUGAUACUGUUGCCAAGAAUCCUGCAUGGUAUAAGUUCGGUGCACUGGCUGCUUAUCUCAGCAUAUGGUGAUAUUUUUCAGUCUGAUGCACACUCAUUUAAGUCGAAUAUAAUGUAUUCACCAUCUGGCCUCUGUGUCGUCUUGACUGUGUCGCUGUGCGGUCUCUUCCAAGGGGUCUCCGCCGACCUAGGUGAUGCGUGUUACCUGACCACAGAUUGCUCGUCGGUGACAGAUUCUGUUUGUUAUGGGGGUAAAUGCCUAUGCAAGUAUGGGUUUAAAGAAAACGAUGGCUCUACUGCUUGCGGUGCGAUCACGGGUUAUAAAGGCUGUAACCAAAACGAGGACUGUGGAUUAGGAGAGUGCAGGUCCAAUAUGUGUUAUUGCAAUAGUAUGUUUGCAUCUGGAGAAAGGUGCGAGUUGCAUAUGGAUCCCUUCGUCCUCAUUCCGCCGUCGAGCAGAGGAGUGGUGGCCGCACGGCUCAGUAUCGGCACUGUCCUUCUCAUGUCUGCCCUCGCCGCUCUAGUCCCACGACCGUAGACUACCGGACGGCUGUCAAGGACAAAGAAAUAUGGAUCAACUGAAUGGUUUUCUAAUAUGACUUUUCGUUAAUGAUGAUUUAGAAGAUCACUCUAGCUUGUCUGUCUCAGUAAACAAAACUUUCUUAGAUAUAAAAUAUGUUUUGUAGAUUAAAUAAUUACGUUAUAACGUUGUGAUUGUCUCAGAUAUAAAACACAAAAAAUUAUAGCAAAUAUCAAAUUG